AUGUAUGCUGCGGAGAACACUUUCCAUAACGCCGACAAACUGGAAUGCCAGAAACCAGAACCCAAGCCGUCCCCGACUGCCCAGGAAACCGAUGCCAAUUUCUCAUCCAAGGCGCGCUGUUUAGGCCCGACGUCUAUUAAUCUCGAUGAUCUCAGGACCUCACAAGACCCCUCUUCAUUUUUUAGCGAAAGCUUUCUGGGUGUCCCUGUCGAGGGAGCUGCUACUGCCUCUGCUCCACCUACUUCUUCUCUGGAGUACGUAUUGUGUCCGAGAUGUGGUACUCGGACCACUGAUCCCCGCACGAUCCGCAAGAUAUCCUCUUUUUCAACACGCAUAUCCUCUGGCUCGCCUUCCGUUGUCGCAAUUGGUGGUCCUUUGGAUAUCGCGGCUAGAGUGAGCGGGAUGAGCGCAGUCGAAGAGCUUAAACUCCUCAAAGAUCAAGUUCAAGACGUCGCCCGUGUCUGCAAUGCCGUCGCCAACGGCGAUCUCAGUCAGAAGAUCACUGUCGAGGUUCGAGGAGAAGUCAUGGUGAAACUGAAGGACGCUAUCAACACCAUGGUUGAGAAACUAGGUCAAUUCGCAAAGGAAGUUACACGUGUCUCUCAAGAAGUUGGAACAGAAGGGAAACUCGGUGGCCAAGCAUUCGUCCCAGGGGUCGAAGGCACAUGGCAGGAGCUUACGGACGUCGUUAAUAUCCUCGCCGGUAAUCUUACCAGUCAAGUUCGGUCCAUUGCUCAAGUCACUAAAGCCGUCGCCGUUGGAGAUCUUUCUAAACAGAUCGAGGUUGACGCGAGGGGUGAGAUUCUGGAUCUCAAGAACACUGUGAACGGAAUGGUUGUUCGUCUCCGCGCAUUAGCUGCCGAGGUCACGAGGGUGACGCUAGAAGUCGGAAGUCAGGGCAAGCUCGGGGGGCAGGCUAAUGUUCCGGAUGUAGAAGGGGUGUGGUUUGAGUUAGUGAAGAACGUUAACCGCAUGUGUUCGUCGCUGACAGAUCAAGUACGGUCAAUUGCUUCAGUCACGACCGCCGUUGCCGAGGGCGACCUGACGAGGAAGGUAGAGAUCGAGGUCGAGGGCGAAAUGCAGCAGUUGAAGACGACGGUCAAUUCCAUGGUGGACGACUUGAAUGCCUUCGCUGGCGAGGUCACUCGUGUCGCUUUGGAAGUUGGAACGCAGGGUAUCCUGGGCGGUCAAGCGACGGUUGAAGGUGUGAAGGGAACAUGGGCGGACUUGACGAAGAACGUGAACAAAAUGGCGACCAACUUGACAGACCAGGUUCGGUCAAUAUCCAAGGUCACCAAGGCGGUGGCAAUGGGAAAUUUGACCCAGCUCGUUGAUGUUAACGCCCAAGGUGAAAUGUUGGAUCUUAAAAUCACCGUCAACAGAAUGGUGGAGGCUCUCAGCGUCUUCGCGAGCGAAGUUACGCGAGUUAGUUUGGAGGUCGGCACAGAGGGAAAAUUGGGAGGUCAGGCCGAUGUUCCAAACGUCGUUGGGACUUGGAAAGCUUUGACAGAUAACGUGAACCUGAUGGCGAUGAAUCUCACAAACCAGGUACGGUCGAUCGCAGCAGUAACCAAAGCUGUCGCUGGUGGCGACCUGUCGAAGCGCGUGGAAAUUGAUGUAAAAGGAGAGUUCCUAGAGUUAAAGGAGACCGUGAAUCAAAUGACUUCGUCACUGAGUGUCUUUGCGGAUGAGGUUACCAGAGUGGCCAGGGAAGUGGGUACCGAAGGCAGGUUGGGUGGUCAAGCUCAAGUGAAGAACGUUGCCGGAACAUGGAAAGCUUUGACGGAUAAUGUCAAUGUUAUGGCUAGUAACUUAACAAACCAAGUGCGAGCUAUUGCGAUUGCUACAUCGGCUGUGGCGCAUGGAGAUCUGACGCAAAAGAUUGUGGGCCUAUCCGUGUCGGGAGAGAUGUUAGAGCUGGUCGAGACGAUCAAUAAAAUGAUCGACCAGCUGGAUAUCUUUGCCGUUGAGGUGAAGAAGGUAGCUCGGGAAGUGGGAACGGAAGGUAAGCUGGGUGGUGUCGCGGAUGUGGGAAACGUCCAAGGUAUCUGGCAAGAGAUAACGCUUUCUGUGAAUGCAAUGGCAGGAAACUUGACAACUCAAGUCCGUGGGUUUGCCCAGAUCUCAGCUGCUGCCAUGGAUGGCGACUUCACUCGGUUCAUCACUGUUGAAGCCAGUGGCGAAAUGGAUUCGUUGAAGUCGCACAUUAACAGCAUGGUGUUCAAUUUGCGAGAUAGCAUCCAAAAGAAUACUGCGGCGAGGGAGGCCGCCGAGUUGGCCAAUAGAAGUAAGAGUGAGUUUUUGGCAAAUAUGUCACAUGAGAUCCGGACGCCCAUGAAUGGUAUUAUCGGCAUGACAGAGCUGACUUUGGAUAGUGAUCUCAACCGAUCGCAGAGGGAGAGUCUACUUCUUGUCCACAGUCUCGCGCGAUCACUGUUAUUGAUCAUUGAUGAUAUUCUGGACAUAUCGAAGAUCGAGGCUGGGCGUAUGACCAUGGAAGCCGUUUCAUUCUCCCUACGCCACACAGUUUUCGGUAUGCUCAAGACGUUAGUCGCACGUGCGUCGCAGAACAAUCUGGACCUAACUUUCGACAUUGCGCCCGACAUCCCCGAUCAUCUCAUUGGUGAUUCACUACGGUUGCGCCAGGUGAUAACAAACCUUGUGGGUAAUGCGAUCAAAUUUACGCCUCCGAAAAUUUCCCGCAAGGGACUUGUUGCACUGAGUGCACGACUGGUGGCGUUGGACGACCACAACGUGACACUCGAGUUUUGUGUCACCGAUACUGGGAUUGGUAUCCCUAGGGCCAAGUUGAACAUGAUCUUUGACACGUUCUGUCAAGCGGAUGGAUCUACUACCAGGGAAUACGGGGGGACGGGACUUGGAUUAUCGAUAUCGAAGCGCCUAGUGUCACUGAUGCAAGGUAAUAUGUGGGUGGAGAGCGAGGUAGGCAAGGGAAGCAGGUUCUUCUUCACGAUCAGUUCUCGGAUAAGCCAUAUAUCAAUGGAAAACAUCAUGGCAAAGAUGACGCCGUUCACGAACCGAACAAUAUUGUUUGUUGACACUUUGGGCGACAAAACCGGGGUAGUAGAUCGAAUAGCGCAACUUGGCCUGAAACCCCACGUUGUACGUUCAGUGACAGAAGUUGCCAAUGAGUCACAGUGUCCGCAUAUCGAUACAGUUGUCGUGGAUUCCCUUACCGUUACUGAGAAUAUCCGCGAGCUGGACCACUUCAGAUACGUACCCAUUGUGCUGCUUGCACCUUCUGUGUCUCGGCUAAAUCUGAAAUGGUGUUUGGAUAAUAGCAUUACGGCGCAGCUGACGACGCCGGUAACGCCCCAGGACCUUUCAUUUGCCUUAAUAGCUGCCCUGGAGUCCAACACGGUGAACCCUGUGACCGUGCAGAGUGACCUGCGUUACGAUAUCCUACUCGCGGAGGACAAUUUGGUAAACCAGAAGCUCGCGGUGAAGAUUUUAGAAAAAUACGGGCACUCCGUUGCAAUUGCGGAGAAUGGAAACCAGGCAGUUGAGUUGUACAAGAACAGCGUGCUGCAAAACAAGCCGUUCGAUAUAAUACUGAUGGAUGUGUCAAUGCCGUUCAUGGGCGGAAUGGAGGCAACAGAAAUCAUCCGCUCGUAUGAGUUACUGACUGGAUUGUCACGGAUACCGAUUAUAGCGCUGACGGCGCACGCUAUGAUUGGUGACCGUGAACGAUGCCUGCAGGCAGGCAUGGAUGACCAUAUCACGAAACCACUCCGUCGAGGAGAUUUGCUCAACGCAAUACAUAAGCUUGCGUCUGAAAAGAACCCCUCUCGUAAUUUGCUACGGCGAGCGCCUGCCACGAUCUGA